CAGGAAAGGUUGUUGUGAUACUGGAGACGGAAACAGAAAGAGAGAUUGGUUUAUGGUUCAAAUGGUAAGUGAUCAAGAUAGUGGUGGAAUCAAUCUUGACCUCUCAAAAUUCAGCUUGCGACGGGGCAUGGAUGAUAUGGAAGUGGAGGAGGAAGAAGAGGUACCGAAGCAUCUCAAUACCAUAAAUAGUUCUGGUGGGUUUCUCGUAGUUUCGACGGAUAAGCUAUCUGUUCAGUAUACAAGUGUUAAUUUGCACGGCCACGAUGUGGGAGUUGUACAGGCGAAUUGUCCGGCACCAGUGAAGAGGCUGGUGUACUAUUUCGAGAUAUUCGUGAAGAAUGCUGGAGCGAAAGGCCAGAUUGCUAUUGGGUUUACAAAUGAACAUUUUAAGAUGCGAAGACAACCCGGUUGGGAAGCCAACAGUUAUGGGUACCAUGGGGAUGAUGGACUGCUUUACCGAGGGCAAGGAAAGGGAGAAACCUUUGGCCCAACUUUUACAUCUGGUGAUACAAUUGGUGGCGGGAUAAACUAUGCUUCACAAGAGUUCUUUUUCACUAAAAAUGGAAAACUAGUUGGAACGGUCUACAAGGACGUUAAGGGUCCGUUGUUUCCUACAAUUGCUGUCCACAGCCAAAAUGAAGAGGUGAAUGUCAACUUUGGGCAGCAAUCAUUUGUUUUUGAUGUUGAGGCUUUUGUACUGGAGGAAAGAAUGAGGCAGCAGAUGACGAUUGAGAAAAUAUCACUGCCUCGUAAUAUUAGUCACUGGAUCAUUCGUUCCUACUUUCUACACUAUGGGUAUCAAGAUACACUCAAUUCCUUUGAUUUGGCUAGUAGAAGUACACUCCCUCCUAUUCCUGUAGUUCAAGAAAAUGGCAUUAAUGAGCGAGGCAAUACAUAUGCACUAAGGCACAGAAAGAUUCUUCGUCAGCUUAUCAGGAGUGGAGAGCUUGAUUCUGUGUUUGGUAAACUUCGAGAUUGGUAUCCUCAGAUUGUACAGAAUGAAUCAUCCACUAUUUGCUUUCUACUUCAUUGUCAGAAAUUUAUUGAACUUGUUCGGGUUGGGAACCUUGAGGAUGCUGUGACAUAUGCUAGGGCUGAACUGGCAAGAUUUUUUGGGAUUACAUCACUAGCAAGUCUACUUCAGGACUGCAUUGCUUUGUUGGCAUAUGAAGAACCCAUGAAAUCGCCUGUUGGGCAUCUCCUUCAUAUGUCCCAGAGAGAAGUUGUAGCAGAUGCGGUCAAUGCUAUGGUAUUGUCCACAAAUCCCAACAUGAAAGAUUCACAGAGCUAUUUACAAUCAUACCUUGAGAGGUUGCUGAGGCAGCUGGCUACUUCUUGUUUGGAGAGAAGGUCGUUGCAUGGGGAUCAAGGAGAGACAUUCCAGCUGAACAGAGUUCUGCAGAGCAGGAAUGGGGGAAAACGGUAACCGAUAUUUGCACUUUGCCCCUGAAGCUCCCUUGUUCCAAUUGCUAACUCUUGUCUUCAGAUGGCAUUACUUGUAUUGGUCAAAUUGCUUCAGCUUUGGGCGUACUGGCGUGGAGACACCUGGUAUUUAAGUAGCUUACAUUUCACACAAUAAUAAUAACUGAUUUAGGCAAAAAAAGGGGAGCUG